UCUUGGCAGCUUUUGAUUUGCAGACCGAUUAAGAAAGUUUAAUUCAAUAAUUUCAGUUGUGACAAAAAGGUUAAGUAUUAAUAAAUUGUUACGUACAUCAAUUCAUAUUCUUGCCUUUUUCUUUCGUUUAUAAUAGCUGAGAGUCUACGGUUUGGCGUGCGUUGGUUUAUAACCACAUGUAAAGCUAAGUAGGUAGUACAAGUAAAUGUCAAGGUCGUCGUUAGUCCUCAAAGAGAUAAAUUUUCGCAGAAAUGCAUGACGUUUCCUAUCAGCAAACAGAACAGAUAUACAAGACUUAUAUUUUAGCAUGGCGGAAUCGGACAAUUAAAUUUAAUCGCAAAAAGUUGUCGUAAAAGGCGAAAUGUUUAUUACUUAAGUUGCAAUCCCGUCAAAGUAACAACAUAAAUCGGUCAUUUGACGUCAAAACGGCCGCGAUAAUAUAUUAUGUGAGAAUGUGAGUGUUAUUAUUCAAGCGAUGGUAAACCGUUUGAUGGCUGACACCAUUCGUGUUUCGCAGCUAAACCCGUGCUACGUGUGUUGAAUUAUAUAUUUCAUUAAACCGGCAGCUUUAGUCUUCUAAUCAAGCCAUAGAAGCCAUGUAAAUAAAUCUGUUGUACUUUAUACGUGCAGUGUUGAAGAAAUAGUCGCUGGUAUUAUUAGAUAUGCAAAUCUAACAACUAAGGUUUCUAAAAAAUAUUUUUUAUAUUUUUACGUAACAUGUUUUACAAUUCUUGUUAAAGCAGUGAUAAAGAAUGGUUAUAUGAGCGAAAUACAACUUUUACUAAAAGAUUUCUAGAGGUAUACAUGUUUGGGUAAAAAAGAUGGGAUACCCUUGGCCCCAAAAUCCAAUAUUUCUGAUCGUGUUUUAAACAAAUAACAUUUUUCAAAGACAAAUUUCUUAGUUUAUAUAAUUCCUUGAAUUUUCUUUGUUUAUUACCAAAUCUGAUAAGAAAAUUGCAAACGUAUCUCAUUUUACCCCAACAUAUAAUCGUUUCCAUCAUGUAUUAUGUUCGAAAAAGGAUUUUAAUGUACAAAUAACAACAUAAUUACAGUGUUGUAAUUGGUCGCACGUCAGUUGUGUGUAGGUGUCGAUUACAAAACUCGGAAAACCCGAAAAUAUACAAAGCCUUGUAAAUGUGCAGAUUAAUAUGUCGUAACUUCAAUAAUUUCAGAUGAUUCACCAAAUACUUAGAACGUGUGUGUGUUUAAUUGUUCUGAGUGCUCAGGGAAAUUGUAAUUGGCCAGCGCGAGAAGAGACAGCGGAGUAUUGGAACGAAGCAGCUGAAAAAACUUUGCACAAAAUCUACGGGAAGGAAAAUAUAAAGCGAAACCCGGCAAAGAAUGUCAUUUUGUUAAUUGGAGACGGAAUGGGUCUAUCUACUGCGACAGCGGGUCGGAUAUUAAAAGGACAGAACGAAGGACGGCCCGGGGAAGAAACAGUUUCUGCGCUCGAUAAAUUUCCGAACGUCGGGUUGUCUAAAGUCUAUUGCGUCGACAAGCAGUCGCCAGACAGCGCGUCCACGGCCACAGCAAUACUUAGUGGAGUUAAAACUAAGUUCGGGGUUCUUGGAUUAAACGGGAGGGCCGUGCAUAAGAAAUGUUCCUCUGCAGCUGGAAACGAAGUCGAAAGUAUCCUAACUCGGUCGGCUAAUUUAGGUAAGUCCACAGGGAUUGUGACAACCACAGAGGUUCAACAUGCAACACCAGCGGCCGCUUACGCUCACUCCGCUUCGCGCGGUUGGUAUGUAGAUAGUGCAAUGAACAGCACCACUAAGAGUGAAGGUUGUAAAGAUAUAUCGCUUCAACUGCUUGCAAUGGGAAGAAAGAUAAACGUAGUCCUUGGGGGCGGAAGAGCAUACAUGAGACCAGAUGGCGCUUACGAUGAAGAAUAUUUCAGCAGAAGACCUGGGAUGCGAGAUGACGGAAGAGAUCUUAUCAGGGAAUGGAAGAAUCUUCAACCAUCCAGUAAAGCGAGGUAUGUGUGGAGACGUUCAGCUCUAAACGCAGUGAAUGCAGACAAUACAGACUACUUGCUUGGGCUUUUCCAGCCAAAAGAACUUCGUUACGACCAUGACAGAAAUAAUGAUAUAGCGGGCGAACCCAGCUUAGAAGAGAUGACAGAAAAGGCAAUACAGAUACUUCGAAAAAAUCCGAGCGGAUACUUUCUGCUUGUCGAAGGCGGUAAAAUGGAUCACGCACAUCAUUAUAAUCAAGCUAAUAUUGCUCUCCGUGAAUUCCUUGUAUUCGAAAAGGCGGUACAGAAAGCUAUGGAUAUGACAUCAACAGAAGAUGCUUUGAUUGUUGUAACAGCGGAUCAUGGACAUGUAUUUACGUUGGGUGGAUAUGCUGAUAGAGGGAAUCCAAUCCAUGGCUACGCUAGAAAUCACAACGAACCUCGAAAGGCAGUUGACAAGCAUCAGUAUACAAGCAUAGCUUAUGCGAAUGGACCAGGUUAUACAUUAGACACUGCAACCGGCAAACGAAAGGGAAUUACCGGCGAUACUACACGAGACAUUGCUUAUCGUUAUCAAGCGGCUGUUCCCCUGACGAGCGAGACACACAGCGCUGAGGACACUGUCGUUUUCGCCAGAGGCCCGAUGUCUUACCUCUUCAAUGGUGUGUACGAACAAAACUACAUCGCACACGCAUUGAUGUUUGCAUCUUGUGUUGGUUCUAACAAAAGCCUUUGCGAGCGACCGGCUACAACAACGACAGAAGUGGUGACUACAACUGCAGAAACUCCGACGACUAACCCGACGGAGAUAAUUACGACGACUUUAGCAACAACAACAUACGCCGCGACAUCGACAGCCACAGUACCGACAACCGACAAGCCGAUGUCUGCAAGUACAACGAAUACAGAAUCUACCUUCGCUAGCAAUAUGAUGAACGAGUUUGAACAAAAACUUUUUAACGAAUCCAACAAAUACAGCAACACUGAUGCAGUCAGCUACUUAAAACUUACGGCAAUUAUCCGGUUAAACGGGACGAGUGUGGUCAGUUACGACAUGAGUGUCGUCCCAUUUGUAAAUCAAAGCUCCACCACAACUACUAAGACAACUACAGGGGUACAUGAACAGUCAACAAAUAUUCAAAGUACAGGAUACUCGACUUCUAAUCCUACGUCAAAUUAUUCGACAUCGCUGACAGAAACUUCGAAAGCCGCUACGUCAGAAACGGUUGCCACUACUGAGUUAGCCAAAAGCACACUCAGGGCCAAAGAAACUACAACUGCAAGUAAUGUAGCAACUUCUAAACAAGUAACCACAUUCAAACCCACAUUUACACCAAUGUCAACCGAAAGAAGUACUUACACCAGCAUUGUCCCGAACAUUACAACCACAGGCGUUAAUUUACAAUCACGUAACGAAGAAACUACCAUCUUGAAUGUUCCUACUACAAAGAGUAUGAAUACAACUACACAGAAAGUACGAUUAACCCAACCCACAUUUAGUACAACUUCGCUUUCAACGAAUACUACACAUAUAACUUUAACAAUAUCAUCGAAGACUACACAAUCUUUGAAUACAAAGUAUACCAGCCAAAGACUCAAUUCUACUAUAGCCGAAACUACUACCCAAAAAACUCAAACCGACAGCCCAGAAAACAGGAUAUUCGAACACAUUCGGACAGAGCUAAACGAAAUGCAGCGCUGUAUGAACCUUGCCGCUCACUCUAGCUUUAAACUAAAGCUGGAAAAACUGAUCUCGACAGAAGUAAACAAAACGAAGGAGAAACAGCAAGCCCUGAUUAUAGCGCUCGCCACAAUAUCGGCCAUGCUGGCGUUAAGUACAUUACUUCUACUCGCCCUUCUUAUAAGAGGGCGCAGUCGCGUCGAAACGAACAACGUCUCUCGAUCGACAAGCGACAGCAGGUUAAGCAAUUGCGGCUCCGAAAGGACGAUCGGUGCUUGAUAUUUGGACGUUAGUGACAAUAUAGAUCCUUUUUUGUGGACCAGUUUUGAGCACGUAAGUGGUCAUAAAGAACCUUUUGCGUCGAACAUUUGUUUUUGAUGUUAUUUGCGAGACUUCUUUCCGCAUAUUUUAAUUCUCAUACCUUCCUAAGUCUCAGGUCUUGUGUAUUGGCACACAUCUGCUUUCAAGGUGCAAUAACAUGUGUUCCGUACAUUACA